UCUCCCGCGUAAAAUAUAUGUUUUCUGAGGUUUUCGCGGGUGUUUGUAUGUAGGUCUUUGGUUAUUCGGGUUUUCUCCCACGUAAAAUUUUACGCGGGAGAAAACUCGAGUAACCAAAUAUAUAUAUAUAUAUAUAGGCAAAAGUAUGCAACAACUAUGUUAAUUUGAUAUAACGAAAGGGAGCAAUAGGACAGGAACGGUAGGCACAUUGGUGCUCUUAUGCACGCCCCUUAUUGUCCUCUAAGGAAUGGGGUGAGGUCAAUAGUGGACAGUUUUUGGUUGAAGAUUUUGGGAUUAUGAGUAGAGACUAUGGAGUCAGGUAAUGAGUUCCAAGCGUUAACAACUCUGUUACAGAAGUCAUAUUUUCUGCAGUCAAGUUUGAAGUGGUUGACAUUUAGUUUGAAUCUAUUGUUUGCUCUUGUAUUAUUGCGAUUGAAGCUGAAGUAGUCUUUUACAGGAAGGAUAUUGCAAUAGAUGAUUCUGUGUGUUAAACACAAGUCAUGUCGAAGUCGGCGGAGUUCUAAAUUUUCUAAUCCCAGGAUUUCAAGUCUGGUUGUAACAUUAUCUUGAAACUCCAAAAAAAAGAGGUGCUAUUAGCCAUCAAAUGUCAAAAAUACACUUUUCCCAAAAGGUUUCCACAAUUUUGGCCACUACUAUAUCUGUGUCAAAGAAUUAAUUCUGCAACAUUGUUUCUGAUUUUUUAAAAAAGCUUUUUGAUAAAAAUUAGUCUUUUGCUCCCUCUUGUGAUUAAUGUUGAAAUUACACUUCAAUAUAGUAAAGCAAAACAAGCUGCCUGAUAAAAAAUAAUUUUUUGCCCUAAAUCACAAAGCCUUCUGUUAAAAAUUGAUCUUUCUCUUAGCCUUUUGCUUCUUCUUGCAGUUAGUGUUGAAAUAAUAUUUAUAUACAAUGGAAAAGGACAAAUUUGGUUUCUUUUCUGUCUCCUCUGUUCAUAGUUUACAAUCCUCAAAAAAUUGCAACUUUGCUUUGUAAUUAAUGUAAACAAGGCCUUGCUUUGUUAGUGUAAACACAGUUUACUUUUCUCAAAAAUUUGCAGUCUUACCCUACAGUUAGUGUCUCAAAUAAAUAAAAUGUAGUCUGAAAACCAGAGAAUCAUUCAAUUCAUAAGAAGAGGAAAUGUAUAGGCAUAAGUUUGCAGAUGGUAUAAAACAAGAGGUUGGAAGAUAAAUUCAACUGCUGUGGUGUUCUAAUGGUUGUCUCUUCGUCAUAAUGAAUGGAAGGGUAGAUUAUAAGUGAAAAAAGUCUCUUUUUAAAUUGCAAAAAGGAACUAAGCAACAAAGCAACUCAAGGUGAUUUCAAUUUAGUAUUUGUCGGCUUUUAUUGAGGAAUUUUUGGAGGGUGGAGGGGAGGAAAGAAAAAGAGAACAAAAAGAGUCCUGAUAGCUACAUGUCUCAGCUGAACUCACCCAAGUAAAACUUUCAUUUUCCACAAAGUCUUCUCUUCUCUCCAAAGUCCAGUCUUUUCUCCAUUCACACAAUUUCCUGUGGGUCUUCUGAGCUUUUUUGAGGAUGUUGAGGCUUUUAAUCCGUUCAUGCUGUAGGAGAUGCCUAGCAUUCCUGGUACCAGUCCCUCUACAACAUCUGAAUUGCAACUGUUUCCAAAUAACAUCGGAAACCUUUCUAAGAAAUAGAAGCGGAAUCACUAUAAAGCAGGAGCAUAUAUUACCAAACUUCCCAGUGAUCCAGAAGGAAGAUGUGAUUGUCAGUGGUAUCAAAACUUAGUGAAGAACCACUACCAAUUCUCUAUGCUAAUCCUCAGUCAUCAUCCAGCAAGCCAACCAAGAAAGUCUUAGCUCCAUUUCCCUCAAUAAAGCCAAUUUGAAAUGUUUCAAGAUACAAUAAUCUGUCUAAAAAUAUCUGUAGAGAAACUUAUAUUCAUCUGUCUCCAGAAGAUCAAAGACUGAUUUGUAGCCAAUGGAUUUAAAUCAGGCUUCUUAAGAAGAGAUCUUAUAAUUGUAUCUUUUAAACAUUAUUUUAAACAUUAUACUCAGUUAAAAAUUAAAUUCGCUUUGUCCCUCUUUCUUUCCCCAAAUAAUAGAUGGUAUAGAUGCUACUUUCAAAUAUUGAUUAUACAAUUACAUUACACAAACUUAUAUUGAUGGAGUAUACACAAUUUUUGAAACAAACUGUUCCACCGAUUAUAAGAACCAAUCCUGGUCUUUGUAGUUUGUUCUCAUCAUAAAUAUAUACAUUUGAAUGAUUGUAAUACAGAAAGGAGCUCUUGCAAUCUUGCAACAUAUUCUAGGCAUUAGCAAAUUCAAAAAAUGGAGAGAAAGAUUUCAUUGUGCUUGACAAUAAUUGAGGAUGUCAUUUUAGUGUUCCAGAAUAAUAAGGAUGGGAAAUUGGUCUGAAAUCAGAUUUAACACAUUUCUAAAAACGAAUUUUUUAAGGUCACCUUUAUUGGCCCUAGAAGCACAGAAUCUCUUACUAUCAAUUAAAUUAUUAGAAAUGAGUAAUUUGAAUUGUGUGUUGUGUUUUUAAGCUAAUGCAUCCUAAAAAUAGAAUUCAAAGCACCCGAUUCAUAUCAAAAGUAAUAUCAAAUCAUGAUAGUACGUGAGAGGGAUCUUGAUGUGAUCAAUACCAGUAAUUGUAACAGGGAUCUUGGAAUCCUAGUGAACAAUCAUUAAAUAUGAGCCAAUGAUGUGCGGCAGUAGCCAAAACACCAAUGCAAUCCUAGGCUGCAUUAACAGAGGGAUAGAAUCAGAAACACGUGAAAUAGUACUACCGCUUUACAAAGACUUAGUAAGACUACACUUGGAAUACUGCAUCCAAUUUUAGUCACCAUAAUAUAUAAAAAAAAAUAUUGAGACAAUGGAAGAGUGCAGAGAAGAACAACAAGUUUUAGCCUUUAGGGGGCUAAAGGCUAAAACUUAUGAAGAACAGUUGCAAGAAUUGGGUAUGUCUCUAAACUAAUGAAAAAAGUAACCAGGAGAGAUAUUAUGGCAUUGUUCCAAUAUUUGAAGGACUACCAUAAAGAUGAAGUAUUUUCCAAAGCACCAGAAGGCAAGACGAGAAACAAUGGAUGGAAACGAAUCAAGAGAGCCAACCUAGAACUAAGGAGAAAUGUCCUAAUGAUCACAUCAAUGAAAGGACUGUGUGCAACAGUGUUGCUCCUGAAAAGGAUGUGGAUGGAUUCCAUAUUUUCAAUAUUGGGCGAUUGUGCCUUGACCAGCCCUCCAUUAUACCUGCCACUGCUGCUGCAGUUUGGGAAAUAAUAAAGAGAACUGGAAUACAAACAUUUGGAAGAAAUGUUGUUGUAGUUGGAAGAUCAAAAAAUGUUGGAAUGCCCAUUUCAAUGCUUUUACAUACUGAUGGGGAACAUGAAAGGCCUGGAGGUGAUGCUACUGUGACAAUAACUCAUAGAUAUACACCAAAAGAUCAGCUGAUGAUCCAUACACAGCUUGCAGACAUCGUGAUAGUUGCUGCAGGUAUUCCAAAGUUAAUUACUUCUGAUAUGAUUAAAAGAGGAGCAGCAGUGAUUGAUGUUGGUAUUAACCAUAUUCAUGAUCCUGUCACUGGAAAGGCAAAGUUAGUAGGAGAUGUAGACUUUGAAGAAGUAAAGAAGAAAGCUAGUUUUAUCACCCCUGUCCCAGGAGGGGUAGGACCAAUGACAGUUGCCAUGCUCCUGAAGAAUACCUUAAUUGCUGCAAAGAAAUUGAUUUACUAAAAUGUAUAAAUUGAAGUAAUUCAAUAGUUAUAUAAACAUUUAUUUUUGUUACAAAUUUAUUUAUUAAAAUGUGUUUAAUUAUGUUAGAUUAUUAAGAAAUGAUUUAUUUCAAAAUUCGUUGCAAAAAUGUAUACUUGCAAUGAACUGAUUUAAGGUUUGAAUUGAUGUAACUUCUAUGCAUAAUCCCUGUCUAAAUGUUUGGUUCCUGUUGGAGUUGUGCUGUUUUUCAAAGGUAUAUUAUCAACUGGAUUUGAAGUGAAACCAAAACUUGGCUCUGAGUUUCAGAUAUACAGUAUAAUGCAACUCCAGCUGACAAUAAUAAAGGGCUCAUAAUCCAUUAUGCACAUGGGUGUGGGGACACUCAAAUGAAUGCUAAGAACUGUGAUACUGUGAAUACUAAGAACUGCUUACAGACAUGAAUCAGGAGUUUAUCUCUGGAAACAGGUUUUGUUCAUAAAUAUACAAAAAAUUGCAAAAAAUUAAAUAAAUUGUGUAUAAAUUUUAAGAUGCUUUUGAUCUAAUUCUCAGAUGUAUAUUUAUAUAAAAAGGAAAAUGUUGUCCAAAGGAAAUGAUUGUGUUUCCAAGCAGUUUUCAUCUACCUCGAGUUGAUUUUUUUACAGAGCUGAGUAUAGACAUUGACCAAGUAAGUUAACUCUACUUAACUCACUUGAAAUAGAAUUUCCUUAGCAGAGCAAAUGAGAUUCUACCUAGGAGGUACAAUAAGGUUUGAUUAGUGUCAGUCAGAAUUAGAUCAGAUUAGAUCAGUCAGAAUGAAUAUUUAGGUAAGACAACCUGUGAUUGUUGCAAAUGAAGCAUGUUGUAAAAUGUUUGAUCAUAUGUUAUUAGAAACCCAACCAGCCACUGAGCUACACUUUUUUAUUCAAUUGCCAGAAUAGAGCUAAAUUGGUUUUCUUCAUAUGAAAAAUAUAAACAAACAUGUUUAAAAUCCUCUCCCUUUUCUUAGUUAUCACAUUGAUGUAUUUAUUCUCAUUGUGUUUCUUUGUCAUUGUUUACUUUAUUGUUCUAUUAUUUUACUGCUGUUUACAUGCUUUUCAUUUUUUUUCUAUUAUUGUAAGCUGCCUAGAGUAGCUCCACGGCAAGAUAAUGGCAGAUAAAUUUAAUAAAUAAAUAAAUAAAUAAAUAAAUAAAUGGAAUAUGAGUCAUUAGAAUUUUGGGAUGGAGGCUUUUAGUAAAGCUUAUUUAUCAUUUUCCUGCACUUAGACAGACUUGUAAUAUUUUUUAAAAACUGUAAUUAAUGAUAGACAAUAUACCAAAUUAUAAAUUCUGAGUUUGGGAUGUGAUAAUUUCAUGCAAUAAUAUUGUAGUCCUGUAAUAUUGCAAUCUUGAACUUGUUUUAAAUAUGAAUGAAGUUAUUUUUUAGAUAUAAGAUAUUUGGACUUUGAAGCAUAUUUCCACAGUUUAACUAACAUUGUUCCUUAGAGGAAAGAAACAUUCCAUAUGGAGGAAAUUAAUAAUGGUAUUUCAGCUAUCGUGGAUGAAGCUGUCUCACUAUAACAGGCUAAAACCAGGAGGCAUGUAAGAGGGAAAGGCACACUCAGACCGAACCCGACUUUUUCUGGUUGCCUACUAUAAUUUUCUUGACAUUGUUAUGGAAGUUGUUUUUUUCCACUUAUCUUUUUGUAGACUGUCUUUGGAAUUCCCAAAUAGUCCACACCCAACUCCUCUUUGCUUACCCUGCUUAGCUUCCAGGAAGCUUAAAUAUGUAAUAGCAAUACAAAUUACAAACAUGGCUCCAAUACAUUAGAUGAUUUAUCUAUAUACAUUUGUCUCCUGCUGAAUUCUUUGCCAUAAUUCAUAGCUAGAGAGACUUUAUUAAUAUGGGAUUUUUAUAAUAAUUAUCUCAUUGCAUUUUCUCUUUAAUUUCAAAUUUCCAUGGGAUCCUUAAAAACAGACUUCUCAUUAUUUAUGUAUUUCUAACUAAACCAUUCACAUUUGGUUUGUAAUGCCACUGUUUUCAUAGAUCAACUUUCAUUCUUAGAACGAUGUCCUUAAAGGUACAACUAUACCCAGAGUUAAGAGGAAAGUUUUUAAACAUCUUACCGUAUUGCAAGAUAAUAGAUUUCUUUUUAAAAAAUUGGUAUUAUUAUGCUGAAAUGUCCAGACUAGUGUAAAAUGAGCAGUUCUUUUCAUUUGGUAAGUAUUGACAUCUUAGUGAUACAAAUGGCCAAAACAGAAGAAGUUAGAAAAGAGGAUGUAAUAUCUGACUUUGUUAUUGGUAUGGCUCUGGGAAUUUUAAUACAUGUUUUACUAAAAGGUAGUUUUGCUCUCCUUUUAUUUAAAAAAAUAAUUAAGGAUCCAAAUAUUUGUAAUUUAACUUAAAGAUUAAUUUAGGUUUUAGGUAACUAACACGUUUGGAAAAUUAACUGGAAUAUUUUUUCUUAAUUAU